GUUAUGAAGAGUGCGCGCCGUGGACAUCAAGAUGGCCGCUACGUACAUCUGAUGAUAGUUAUACGUAUUCGUAAAAAUCGUGACGGCGUUUCGUGAUAGAGGUGCCGCGCUUUUUCGAGGCUUCGAGAUGGUUAGAGUGUAUAGUUAGUUGGAUCUUUAUCGAUGAGGAUUUGUUCGUUUACCCUCAAUGGUAUUUUCUGCAUCCGCGGCCGGCUACGGCUCGCAUUGAACCAUGUUCGGUAAAAAACUUCAUGUAGACGUCAAAAAGUCAACACUCAAAGUUCAGGAUGUUAAAAAGGACAGUGCGACUCGAUUUAAACAUCUUAAAAUUGUCCUAGAAAAUGUUGAUACGGAUGAAGCAAAAGGCUUUUUUGAAGGAAAUUUUAGUCAUGUUUAUUUUAUAUUAUAUGACUGCUUUGUGUCUGCUGAGGCCAAUCUACGACAGCGUGUACACAAGGCACAUAGAGAAGAAUUAGAGCAAGUAUUACAUCUAUUAGAAAAAGUUUUAACUCUUCUUCCUGAACUCUUAAAUAAACGAUGGCAAUGUCAUAGUCUUGCAAGAAUUCUACAAAAGUUAUUACAUCCUGGAAAUAGUUGGAAACUUCGUAGGCAGGCCAUAAGGUAUUUUAUUUUAUGGUAUCAAGCACUGGGUGAAAAUGCUCCUGAACAUAUCCAUCAAAUGUUUGCCUGUUUGGUCCCAGGCUUUCCACCACCACAAUCUUUGCACUAUAAGUGUGAACGUAAAAUUGAUAACAAAAAAGAUAAAUCAACGAGAACAAGCACAUCUGAUGAGAAAGAGAAAAGAGACUUUUAUGAUGCACAAGUGAUACAGAGUAUUUUUCAUGAUAAUGGUUCAAAUCAGGGUCCGAUAAGUCAGGUAGAUGGUGGACCUAUUUUACCUCCACAAGGAGGAGAAAAGCCAUUAGACAAUGAGACUGUUAGAUUUUUAGAAGCAUUAUUGGAGUUCAUGGUUACACAAGUAGUCAAAAUAGAAUGGAGAGAUAAAACAACGAGGCAGCACAAGACAUUUCAAUUUUUAUUAGAACGUUUUAAAGCAACUUACCUCCGUUAUAUAUGUCCAGAAUUUGAUGACAAUUUUUCUUUAUAUAAGCCUAAUUUAGAAUUGCCUACAAUGAGAAAACCAACUAAUCAAAGUCAGAAUAAUUAUGUUCUUUGUAAAGUUGCACUAAUCAAAUGGAUCGCAAACUUUACUCAUGUUGCAAGAAAAGAUAGUCUUUUUACACAUCUCCCACAAAGCACAACACCCAAUGAAGAAAAUCCAGAGUCAGAGCUGCGUCGCGUUUCAGUUACACAACAUUCGAGUGAUUCGAAUUUACUUUCACCUGAAUCUACACUAUCUCAACACGAUAAUCAAAAUCAAGAAGAUAACACUAUAUCAGCUGUUACUUUAGUCAGAGAAGUUCUCUAUGGAAAUAGAGAUAAUGUUAAUUUUGUUCAUGAACUUUAUAGACAAGCAUUUCUCUUAGAUUUCAGUCAUGCAGGAGCAAUAAGAAAAGCUAUAGCUGUAUAUAAGGAUUGGAUACAAAUGAAUGAAUUACCACCAUUUAUGUUAGAACCUUUGGAUGGACAUAAAGAACGAGACUAUGAUGAUAGUCUGAAAAAAGAUUCUAAUGAGACAGAUAAGAGUCCAUCCGAAAAUUUUCGUCAAACUAGAUUGAGAAAUGAUUCAUAUUUAGGUGCUAUACAUAGGGAAAAUUUGUUUAUAAGAGCAGGAUUACAAAAUGUACUGCAAGUAUUUAUUACACAAGCAUCACACGUAUUUUUCCUUGAAUAUUCAGGUUUAAAUUCAACUGCAGCUUUAAUAGAAGAACAAACCGAUAGUUGUAAAAGAGUUUUGAAUGUUUAUCGAUAUGUUGUCAUGCAUUCAAGAUUGGAGCCUGCAACGUGGGAGCAAUUGCUCAGAGUACUUCUUCAAAUUACGUCGCUAGUAUUGAGUGAAAAUUCAUCUCGUCGCAAACACCAUGAAACAAUUGGUGGCAAAUUAGCACCUGCUAUAUUUCAAACUUUGAUUGUUACUUGGAUAAAAGCCAAUUUAAAUGUAGUGAUAUCUACUCAACUUUGGGAUCAGUUUUUAGAAGUACUAUCUUCUUUGACGCAAUGGGAAGAAUUAAUUCGAGAAUGGGCAAAAACAUUGGAUACUUUAACACGAGUACUUGCAAGGCAUGUAUACAAUUUAGAUUUAAAUGAUCUACCAUUAGAUAGAUUAAGUGAACAAAAAACAAAAAGACGUCGUGGAGUUGGAAGUCGUGCUGCAUCGAUAGGAAGUGUUCAGCCACCAUGUAAAGGAAGUAUUGAUCAAGAGAGUAAUGCUACAUCAAAAGAAAAUGUAACAGAUCAUCCAUUACGAGAUUUAAGAAAAGGACGAAUGUUACCACGCAGUGCAAGCGAUAACACUAUUUAUAAUGGAAAAGCUCGUACGAAGUUUCAUAGAAGUCGAACUCAUACUGUACAUACUGGUGUUCCUGUACUUCCCCUAUCUAUAGAGCAAGAUAUGGCACGAUUACUAUCAAGUGGUCCUACAUCAUCAAUAACUGGAAAAAUGCUACCAAACAGACGUGCUAAAUCAUUGGAUAGCAUUGUCAUAGUUGAUAGUGAACCACCAUCUCCACGUUGUCCCUCUCCAACACCAAGCAGUGGCGUUGACAGCAAUAAAGAUAGUCCAAUACAAAUAGAGAACAUUGAUGGCAGCAGUAUUGAUACAAAUGAUAUAACAGAAAGAAGAUCUGUUAUGGCAGGCGGUGGAGUACGAGGAUGGUUACCAGAUGUUGCUGUUGUAUUAUGGAGGCGAAUGUUAUCUGCUUUGGGUGAUGUAAAUAAUAUUCAAGAUCCAAUAUUACAUGGUCAAGUUAUGGAUUAUCUUGUACAAUUGACACAAACUCUUAUAAAGAUUCGCUUAAAUCAAGGUAUCUCUGGGGACAAUCAAGUAACACCUCCUGCUCCAGAACUUAUUCCACCUCUAACAGUUAUUGCUCCAUGGUGUUUUAAGGCAAUACAAUUACCAGCUCAAUAUGAAGUAGGAAAAUUAGCUGCUUAUCGCCUUAUAUGCCUCUUGACUGUUCAACCUUUGGAUAUAAAUUUACCAAAACAGCAUUUGAAUCUUUUUUAUCGUGCUGUUCAUAAUGGCAUUGCUAGCAACGAUAGUAAAGUACUCCAUGUAUUAGUCAAAUAUACUGGGCCUCGAUUAUUUAGUUUAAAUCUACCUGGUUCUAGUCUUCUUAUUUUGGAUUAUAUCCAUGCCGCUAAUGUAAUACUAAGUAGUCAAGAUGUCGAGGCACCCAGAACGGAAGCUGUCUCUAUAAUCGGUUCGCUAUUAUCAUUACCUGCAACCAUAGCUAAAUUACCUGUGCUACAACCAAAUGGAUCUGAUAUUUUAACAAUAGUAUGCCCCGAUGCAAAGGAACAUGUAGUGAAUAUUCUUCUGAGAAGUUGUAGACGUGAACCAACUGGAAUAGCAAGAUGUUUAGCCCUUUCUAGCAUAGCUAUGUUUGCGUACAGAGAAUUAUCUUGUAAAAAUCAACAUCCACGAAUUCCAGAGGCUGUUACUGUUCUUCUUCUUGCGCUUAGGGCUACACAUGUGACAGUUGCUCAGGUGGCAUGCGAUUCCCUUUUACUUUUAUGCGACAAGGCAGACAUUUUAUUGGAAUUGUAUCCUAAUGUACCAUGCAAAAUCACACAUGUCCUUUCAGAGACUCUUGGUCGUAUGACUCUACGAGAAAGGCGUGGCCCAUUAACUAUAUCGAUGAUAUUUUGUUUAGGAGAAUGGGCUAUGAAUUUGGGUCCAACUGUAUUAUUACGUGUAUAUCAAGGAAAACCACUUUUAAUGACAUUAUUCACAGUUUUAGAUAACAUAGCACAAAAUAAAGGAGGAAAAGAUCCACCAAAAACGAAUAAAUGUCAUCAAGAUGAAGAUGAUGAUUUUGAUCCCGAUGUCACUUUGGAUAACUUAACGGAUGAAAUAUGUGCAAAGUCUCCUCAUCGUGGUAAUGUCCAUUCGGUUCAGCUUGCAGCGAAAAUGGUAAUGAUGCAUUUGAUUAAUCAUCUCGGUCACUUUCCAAUGGGUAUUGGUGCAGCACGUCUUUCGUCUUUAGUUGUUGAAUUAGAUGAUGUACCAGGAAUCGAAGGAGAUGAACUAUCUUCUGCAAUCUUUCAAGCACCAAAUAUACAAUUAUUAAUGCUAUCCAAUUCAAUUAUAAUGUCCCUCGUUGAAUUAGCUGCACUUGAUGCACCCGGAGGAGGAGUUACAGCUGGCUUAACAACGGCUCCUUCUUUAGUAAGAGUAUUAUUACGAGAUUUAGCAGGGAAAGCAUCUUGGGAUAGUUCCAUUUUGUAUAGUCAACCGUUUAUUGACGAUGAAUUUCAAACACCAUUUGCAAAAUCAGUUGAUUGGGGUAUAAAAUCUCAUAAGGAAGAAUUGAAUAGUGUUAUAACGCAACAGAGUUGCGCCUCGAGACACACUAUAAGGCAUCGCGAGCCUCAUAUUUUGCCAACAUUUGCAAAUGGUGCAAGUGAUAUGGACAAUUUAGAUGAUCUUCUUCAAUAUAUAGGACAUACGAGUCCUGAAGUUUUGUGUAAUCCGGAGAUAGCAUUAAAUGCACCUGCUAAUCCACCGCAUGGAUUGUACCUUGAAAGUGAAACUAUUGCAACUAUUUUAAAUCAACGAAAUGCGGAACAAGAACAUCUUAAUAAUUGGAGUCAACAUAUUAGCAUGUGUGCGACACCAAUUAGUCCACCAUCGUGCCGUCAACCACCAGCACCGUUUCAUCACUGCCGGCUUCUAUUUUCUCAUUUGGGCCUGUCUGGUUGGGAACAACGGAGAAAGUUACAUUUGCUUACUAAAAAUGAAAAACUUCUACGUGAAUUACGAAAUCUUGAUAGUCAACGUUCUAGAGAGACACAUAAGAUUGCAGUGAUUUAUGUUAGUCAGGGACAGGAAGAUAAAAAUUCGAUAUUAAGCAAUGUAGCAGCUAGUAAGGAGUAUGAAAAUUUUGUAGCCAGAUUAGCUUGGGAAGUUGAACUUGAAUCGCAUACUGGUUUUCUUGGGGGUCUUGUGCCUGGAAAAGCAUCCGGUGUAACUGCACCUUAUUUUGCAACAUCUUUUACCGAAGUUCUCUUUCAUGUAGCAACAAGAAUGCCAUCCGAUAGUCCAGAAAGUUUAUUACAAAAGACACGACAUCUUGGCAACGACGAAGUUCAUAUUGUUUGGUCAGAACAUUGGAGAGAUUAUCGUAGAGAUAUCAUACCGACAGAAUUUUGUGAUGUUUUAAUAGUUAUUUAUCCAUUGCACAAUAAGUUAUAUAGAAUACAAAUUUCUAGAAAGCCAGAAAUCCCAUUUUUUGGUCCAUUGUUUGAUGAAUGUAUCGUUGAAGACAAAGUUCUCCCUGGUUUAGUUAGAACCACAGCUUUGGCUGCUAGUAGAGCCAAGAGAUCAACCCUUACAUUAUAUCAACAUUAUUAUGAGGAACGGGCAAGAUCUAUCGACACAGUAAUGAGGAAUCAUAAAGAAUCUACAACUUUCGAAGAGUUCACCGCAAAUGUCUAUUCUCCGGUACAACCAGCAAGUCCAUUCAGUGGAACGUCUUCUGUAUCUGGAUCUACAACAAGCGUGCAAUCCACAGCAUCGUCAAACCUUGCAGCGGCACUUAUAGAUUCGCAUCAGGGUCGUUCUGGUCUACGCAGUACUUCGGCAACAAGCAAUGAUACUCGUGCAAAUAGAGCUUCUGAUGGAAGCAGAGUAUGGUUCAGUAAUGAUGCUCAGGAAAAUACUGCUUUGCAUGGAAUUUCACCAAGACCUGUUAAAAAGAUGUCUUUCAAAAGUGGGCCAAAGCAGAGAACAAAUACACAGCCUACACCGCCGGAUAGUCCAAGAUACAAAUAAUUCGACAUUAAUUUUCUAAGAAGAAUGUUAGCACAAUGGGGGUGGUUUAGGUAUGUCUUUUAAGUUCUAUUUUAUUGUGAUGGAAAUUUUCAAAUUAAUAUAGAUAAUAGAGAGUAAUAUAGGAUGGGUGUCUAGCAUCAGCAAAAGAAUGUUAAAGAAAUUUUUCAUAUUUAGCACAUCUAUCGGAUAUAAUGUAAAACAUAAUAAUUACACUGAACUUGAAUAUUUUACUUCAUUGGAAUUGAACAUCUGAUUAGGUUUAACGUUUUCUGUUUUCCGUCCUUUAGGUUUAAUUUUCACAUACUGUACAGAUUAUAUUGCUUAUUUGUUGCAACAAGUAAAUAUUAAUUUAUUACAUAAUAAUUUCAUAGAAAAAGUAUAUUGUAUCAUAGAUAUAACGAUAAGUAUAUUUUCUUUAAAUAUUUAUCAGCUUAACGUUCGAGCUGAAAUAAUUGUACAGUAAUUUACUCAAAUUGAUUUCAUUGACUAUUUGAAAUAAGCAAGUUAUAUAAAGUACAUGCAUAUUGAGUGAACAUGUUUUCAUACAAUGUAAAUCUUUUAUUGCAUUUCAAGUAAAAUUGUGAAAUACUUGAAGAAAUCUAAUAUGACAAUAUGUAGUUUUGGAAUAAUCAUUUAAUUUCUUAGAAAAAUUCGCUACAAGCAAAUAAUAUAAUUUUAUUUAAAAAAAAAAAAAUAAAAAAAUAAAAAAAUAAAAAAAAACAAAAUAAAUAAAUAAAUAAAAUAAUAGAUUGUAACAUUUUAUUUAUGAAAGUGAUAUUAUUGUUUCACUAUUAGCAAAAUAUUUUUAAAUUUUGUUCUAAAGUGAAAUUCUAUAAAAAAAAUUAAUUAUUAUUCAUUCAGUAAUUUACUAGAAACAACUCGUACAUUCCAUGAAUGUUUUCUUCUUUUUUUUUUCUUUUUUUUUCUUUUUUUUCUUUUUUUUUUUUUUUUUUUUUUUUUUUUUUUUUUUUUUUGGCGUUUGCACUUUUUAUUUUCAUAUGCAUUUUGAAUAUUAGGAAGCUCUUAAAUAUUGCAUUCCAGAUUCUUUUUGUACGAUUUAAUAAAAUUGAAUUAACUUUUAUGUAUUUCAACGAAAUACAUUUUUUAGAAAAUUAUUGCCUAGAAUAAAGUGUUGGUAGUAUGAAAAGCUGUUUACAAAAUAUAUUUUUUUUCAUACCAAAGUCAGAGGUGCUUAAUUUUUGUAAUGUCAAACACGUGUAAGUACUUCUAUAUUGUAUAAAUUCAAAUGAAAAAUAUAAUAGAAAGAAAUAAUAAGAAAAAUAUUGGCAAAAUAAAUAACAGAGUCAACAUUUAUCGAAUAAGUAAUCGCUUAAUAUAUAUAUAUAUAUAUAUAUAUAUAUGUAUAUAUAUAUAUUAAUAUAUAUAUAUUUAUAUAUAUAUAUAUAAAUAAUAUUAACUUAGUAAUAAUAUUUAAAAGUAUUAAUGCUAUUCAAUGCUAUUAAUAAAUAAUGAAAUGACGAAAAAAAAAAAAAUGGAAAAGAAAUAAUGAAUUAUUAAGUAAUUAGAUUACGCUAUGAUAAGUGUCUGAUAGUUUAUUUGCAUAAAGACACUUUUAAAUCUGUGCAGUUAGAAGAAUUGACUCUCUGCGUGUGAUUAAAAUUUUUUGACCAUUUAAGGAAAAUUCUAAUAAAAAAAAAAUAAAAAAUAAAAAAAAAUCACAUUCAAAAUUGUAGACAUUAGCAAUGAAAAUAUAAGUAGUAAUUACCAAUGGAUAGAUCAUGGCCAAAGCAGCAUUAUUUUUUCACUAAUUUAUAUUGAGAAAGAAUGAAAAGGAAUGUAUGUAUUGUACAUAAAAUGCUAGGCAGAUAAAUGGUGGUGGAAUUAUUUGAUUAAAUAAUUCAUUAUUAUGAAAUGUAUUAUUACUACAUUAUUAUAAAUCUGAUCUAUAUACGUACAUACCUGCACUCUCAUGUGUGUGUACACACAAAAGGACACACAUACACUAAAAUGAAAUCAUUUAUUAUAAUAUUACAAAUUAUUAUUGUGAAUUGUAUUUAUAUAUUGUACUUAAUUGUUCUAUAAUUAGCGUUACUAAUUACUAUAUCCUAUAAUUUUCGUUAUAUUAUUGUUAUAAAAUUUUAUGUUUAUAUAAGCUGAUCUUAUGACGAAGUAUAAACAAAACAGGAUAUAAUCGCAUAUAGAGAUAUGAGAAAGAAAAAACAUGUGGUUGAUUAUUUACAAAGAAUGCAAAGUUUCUCUGAUAUAAAAGCGAUUUAUUUAUAUAAAGCCUAAGAGAAUAAUUUAUCAACACAAUCUUUUAUUUUACACUAACAUCUUUUUUUAUAUAUAAAAAAAAAAUAUAUAUAUAUAUAUAUAUAUUAAAAAUUCAACUACAUCUACGCAUACGCUUAAGGAUAUUUACUUAUGUUAAUGUUUAUGCAGGAUAUAUAUGUAUGUAUACAUGCUUUAUAUAUAUAUAUAUAUAUGCCAAAUGUUUUAUAUGUAUUAUAAAACAGUUUACUCUCUGUUCUAUUUUCCGUACUAAAAAAAAGUUUAUGUUGCUUAACAAAUAAAAUAUAUUGCAAAUAUUCAUUUACCAUUAUAUAAAAUGUAAAAUAUUAUAAUUAAUUCUAACAUAUUGAUUAUUUUGUACGGAAAACAACUAAAUAUAUUUAACUUAACAUCCUUUAAAUAUACAUACACACAUACACACACACACACACACACACACACAUAUACAUAUGAUUCUAUAAAGAGUAUAAGUAUACUCGUAAUAUAAUUGACCUGAGGAAUAUCAAGCGUGAUUGGCACUGUUAUAAACACAUGGUAUUUAAAACAUUUGCAAAAAAAUAUUUUAUUGUAAUGAAAACUUGUUAUAUAUCCAAAGAUUUUUUCUCAUAGUGUUAAUUAUAUAUCUCUGUAUUUGACUGUAUGUCUUGCAGCACAAUAAAAUUGUGAUGAUUCUACCUUGAUUAUAGACGAAGUAAGAUGAUUUUUCAAACGUUAUCUCAAUCAAUUUCAUUUCGGUAAUAAUAGUUAUAUAAUAUUUAUAUAUCUAUAGAAGAUUAAUAAAAUUAAUUAUAGAUUAGAGUAUGUGCACGCAUGUGCGUAGUAAUGCGUAAUAUGUAAAUUGAUGAUGAGAAAAUUAAUUUUGAUUGUUAAUAACAUUAUUUACCAUUUGUCGAUAAUAUAGGUUUUUAUUUUUUUUACUUACGAAUUUGUCGGUAGUAUAUCGAUCAGAUUCUGUUUUAUCGACAUGACUCGUAACAAUUGAUUAUAAAGUAUGACUUUUCUCGAUGAUAAUGUAGGACACUUCUAUCGUUUCUCGUCGAUACAUGGAUCGUUUAACAGGUGACAGUACCGGCAGAACGAGAACAAAAGAGAAAAAAAGACUGAGUUUUUAGAAAACCUUGGUAGAAGCUCGCUUACAUUGGAUCAUGUUACAUCGUCGGACUUGGAUUAUUGUCUGAUUCUCUAUUGUGCGUUGUUUAAAUAAUCUGAAAAGAAAUACAAGUCAUCUCGAGAAUUCAGUUUUGUAAGCAUUUUUUACGUAUAUAUUAUAUUGAGAUAAAACAAAUGCAGAAGAAUGAAGACGCUAAAGUUCAUAAAAUGAUCGAGAAAAAAUUAACGAUCACAGUGAAAUCACACAGUAACGUGUAUCUAACAGUAUAUUGAUUGCAGUCCCUUUCGCGGUUAAAAUUCACUUUAACAGUCUGGACAAGAAUGAAACGUAUGCACGUGUAGAAAUAAGAGGUAAUACUCGUUUAUAUCUCUCGAGGAAAGUUCUUCGAUCAAAGAAAAAAUUGUUGGAUUUAAAUUGAUAAGACGACAGAACUAUCUUUGAAAGUGCAACGAACUUGCAUUCACAAAGGGACACCUUCGUCAAUCAUUGUCCUCAUACGAAAGGCAAGAUGACUCUCUUCCGGAAGUACAAUG